AUGUCCGAUUCUUCAUCCUCCAGCUCCUCACCCGAGGCCUGGUCCACUCCCAUCGGCUCCCCUGUGUUGGGCGACACCCCCGUCCUCGCAGCCUCGCACACGGCCGCCACCGUGGGAAAUGUGCCCGCGGUUACCCAGGCCGAGCUGCUUCCCUUCGUCCUGGGUCCCAUCCCUUUCUCGUUUGAGGAUAUGUAG